CGCAGGACAAUGGGACGGUGAGCGCGCAGAGGGAGUGGGCACCCAGCGCGAGCAGGGCACGGCAGCGAGCGGCCGCCGCACAGCGCCAAUUCCAAACAACGCGAAGAAGGAGAAGAAGAAGAAGAAGAAGGAGAAGAAAAAGAAGGAGGAGGAGGAGGAAAAAGAAAGCAGGAGGAGCAGCAGGGCGCGCACGAUGAUGAUGGCUGAAGCCAGGGCUGCCCGCCUGGGAAUUCAAUGGUGAUCGGUGAUGUCGCCGUGAGAAUGCCGCCCCUGCGCGUCUCCCGUGUCCUCUUCAUCUUCAUCAUCAUCCUCCUCCUCCUCCUCGCCGUCGUCGCCCGCAAGUCGCUGGCGAAAUCCCUCUCGGACCCGGGGCCGCUCGAGGUGCUCAUCAAAGUUCAAGUUUUCGACAACAGCGACCUUUCACCCUUGGCGGAAGCUGCCGUAGAGGUUUAUGGGAACCAGUCGACGCUGGCCUCCAGCAGGGCGGACGGCAAUGGGGUCGUCACGGCAACCUUCUCGUACCGCCCAGGGACGUGGGUGAUUGUCACCGCCGCCAAGCCAGGCUACGUCACCAACUCCGCCCCCUGGCACGCCAGCCGCGUCCCCUUGUAUGCCUCGGUGAGCCUGUACCUGCUGCCCCAGAAGCAGGCCACGCUCAUCCUGUACGAAGACGUGGUCCAGAUGCUGUUGGGGUCCCCAGGAGCGAGGACGCAGCCAUGGGUGCAGUUCCAGAGGAAGGCCAUCCGACUGCCCCUGAACUCCUCGUACCCAGACCUGGCGGCCUCACUGACGGCGGCCAAGAGCCAGUACGAGAUCGGGGGCUUCCCCUACCCACUGGGUCAGGAAGGCAACGGCACAGGUGGCGACGGCAGCUGGGUGGAGCUGACGGCGGUGGCGGCGGUGAGCGCGCAGCUCUCCACCCGCAACGGCAGCGCGCUCCAGGUGUCGGAAUCCGUGCACAUCUCCAUCCCCCUGCCUGCUGACACUCCCAUCAAGGGGGCCACCAGCGUGCCCGUCUGGAGGUUCGAGGCCAAAUCAGGUCUCUGGCUCAGGAAUGGGACAGGGUACAUUAAGAAGGAGGGGACUCAGCUGAUCUGGAGCUUUGUGGCUCCCCAACUUGGCUACUGGUUGGCCGCCUUCCCAUCGGCUUCAGGUGUGGUGGCACUAAACCCCUCGGGCUUACGGGACAUCACCACCUACCACACCAUCUUCCUGCUCACCAUCUUGGGCUCCUUGGCCCUGCUGGUGCUCAUCCUGCUAUGCCUCUUGCUCUACUACUGCCGGAGGAGGUGUCUGAAGCCACGGCAGCACCAUCGCAAGAUGCAUGCUCCCCCACCUUUGGAUAGCUCCUCAAAGCAAGACCAAGGCACAUCCACCUCGCACCUCAACCUCAUCAGUAGUGGCCACAUUGAGACUACUUCCUCCAACGGAGACCUGGACACCGGCAAGACUGACUUCGCUUCUCGGGACGAGUACUUCCGGCACAUCCCCGCCCAGAAGCUCCGGCACUCCGCGAUAGGCACGGACACAGGCAGCCGGCGGGGCGAGAGUUUCCCCAUGAAGGUGACUUGCUCUACUGAGACUAACAACUUGGACGCACCGCGGCGAGAUGACAGACACCGUCGCCACAAUGCCAACGACAACCAGGGCUAUUCGUCAGAUCCCCCGUCCCCGCCGCCAUUCUCGGGUCACUACCAGGACUCGAGCCACAGCGGCAGACCACCAGAGUACUCCCAGGCUGCAGAACCCAUGGUCCGGCCCACCUCCCUGAACACCCAGCCUGGUCAGCUCAUCUUCUGCAGCUCCAUGGACCAGAUGAAGGAGAGCAUGUACCGGAGUGUGGUGCCCACUCUGGUAAUCCCGGCCCACUACAUGCGGCUAUCCACGGACUUCUCUGGUGUGGAGCAGGCCCUGGAGCAGCAGCAGCAGCAGCAACAUGACAGGGAGGGCAUCCAGGUGAGCAUGACCCUGCCUCGGCAAGCAGCAUCCCAGCAGCAGCAGAGCCAGGGGCAGCAGGCUGGGCAGCAGGGGCAGCAAGCUGGACAGCAGGGCGAGUCAUCAGGCUCCGUCCGCAUUCCUGUGCUGUUUGAUGACUCUGCCAUGGCUCAGAUGAAUGGCGAACUACAGGCCCUGACAGAGAAAAAGCUGCUGGAGCUCGGGGUAAAACCACACCCUCGGGCCUGGUUCGUGUCUCUGGAUGGCCGCGCAAACUCCCUGGUUCGCCACUCCUACAUUGAGCUGGGCGGCGAAUGUAGCCGUGCUGUUGGAGGUAGCAGUGGCGGCGGCGGCAGCAGCGGGGGCUCGGCUCCCAGGACGGAUGCCCGCGAGACCCGGUCGCAGCUGGCCCGGAAGGGCAAAGAGGAACGCGGGGGCGGUGAGCGAAAGGCCCACGGGGGCAAGGCCUACUCCAAACUGGCCUGCAUGGACGACACUGAGCCCAGCAGCAGCGAGAGCCGCACGGCCAUGUGCUCGCCAGAGGACAACUCGCUGACCCCGCUGCUGGACGAGGCCCCCGAGCCCCGGGGGGCCACCUUCCCACGGCCGGGCCGCAGCCGGGGAAACAGUUCCCGGAGCAGCAACAGUGAGACCCGGCGGGCCUCCGUGACGAGCCCCGAGGACAACAACGACCCGGACGAUAAGGAUGACGAAGGCGAAAACAAGAAGAGCCCCUGGCAGAAACGAGAGGAGAGGCCUCUCAUGGUCUUCAACGUCAAGUAGAGCCUUCAGCAUCCCAGUAGGAAGAAGAAGGGUGGUACCCCUCCCCUCCCAGUUCCACAUCCCAGUCCCGUCUCAGUGGUGUUGUCAUAGUCUUUGCUGUAAAUGGACCGGAAUAAAGAAACUACUAGAAAAUCUGAUACAAAAAGGAAACCACAGAAAAGCACAACUGCAAAAGUGGACCAAGGUCUUUAAAGCUGGUUUGUUCGCAGUCCUCGACCUCCACGUCAAGGAUUGGCUACCUUGAACUGCCUUGCCCGUAGGUUUUCAUCUUUCAGAUGCCUUCUCAACUGGCGUGGACUGGUGAUCUUUGCUUGCUCAAGCCUGUACCAUCCCAGCACCAGGUUGGUACUGCGACCUCCUCCUCCUUGUUUUCACCCAAGAUGAGAAGAAAUUUACGCAACAAGUCGGUCAGAAAAUGAGCCAGUUCACUUCAUUUUCUUGAAUCGUGACCACAAGUAAACCUUAACUCGUCACCUUUCUUAGUCAUUUUUUUUGUCCUAAGAGGUCCCUUUUUCCAGGAGCAGCGGCAGUGAGACGUUUUCUGUUGAUUUUGGGAGAAACCGGCAGGCCUGAUAGAAGUGUUUAUUCCUAUGGAAAGCAAAUAAAACUAGUCAGUUGCCGGACAGAACGAGAAGUGGACUGAGUGUGGAUAAUGGAGUAAUAUUUUUGUUGUGUUUGGGUUUUUUUUGGCAUGUUCUUCUAGUUUUCA